GCCAAUAUUUUUUAUUUUUCCAUGCCUGGUAAUUACAGCAGUUUAUAUUUUAUAAAGUCAUAUGCAGACAGAGGUUUUUUUUAUCUUUUUUCAAGAUAAAUAAACGCUUGUUCAAGUAUUCUGUGAAAUAAGAAAUAACAGAUAUUUGCUGCGAUUGAGGUGUUAUAGAUUGUGUUAUAGUUUAGUUAGGUGGCACCGUUUAGUUACAAGUUGAUAAAUAUUACACUUAUUACAAAACCUUUUCUAUAAUGGGAGUUCCAAAGUUUUUUAGAUAUAUAAGCGAAAGAUAUCCCUGUUUAAGUGAAGUAGUUAAGGAUUAUCAGAUCCCAGAAUUUGAUAACAUGUAUUUGGAUAUGAACGGUAUAAUACAUAUGUGUUCUCAUCCUGAUGAUAACAAUCCACAUUUUCGUAUCACAGAGGAGAAAAUAUUUAAAGAUAUAUUUCAUUAUUUGGAAGUUUUAUUUCGCAUGAUUAGGCCCCAAAAACUGUUUUUUAUGGCUAUUGAUGGUGUAGCACCAAGGGCUAAAAUGAACCAGCAGAGGGGGCGUAGGUUCAGGUCAGCCAAAGAUGCAGAAAAACAAGAGGCAGACGCUCUAAAAAAGGGUGAAAUUUUACCAAGCGAAUCAAGGUUUGACUCGAAUUGUAUUACUCCGGGAACUGUGUUUAUGGCUCGAUUACACGAACAGUUAAAGUAUUUUGUAGUAGAUAAAUUAUCAAAUGAUUCGUUAUGGAGAGGAGUGACUGUUAUUUUAUCAGGACAUGAGACACCUGGUGAAGGUGAACACAAAAUUAUGGAUUAUAUAAGGUAUAUGAGGUCCCAGCCAGGUUACGACCCUAACACAAGGCAUUGUUUAUAUGGAUUAGAUGCCGAUUUAAUUAUGUUAGGUUUGUGUACACAUGAGCCUCAUUUUAGUUUGUUGAGAGAGGAGGUGAAAUUUGGAAAAAAGUCUAAAAGACUGUCAGUUCCAGAAGAGAUUACUUUUUUUUUACUUCACUUAUCACUGAUGAGAGAAUAUUUGGAACUUGAAUUUGCACCAGUUAAAGAAAAAUUGACUAACUUUGAAUAUGAUUUUGAAAAAAUCAUCGAUGAUUGGGUUCUUAUGGGAUUUUUAGUGGGCAAUGACUUUAUACCCAAUUUGCCACAUUUGCACAUAGCUGAUGGAGCAUUGCCCAUUUUGUAUAAAGCAUACAUGGACGUCUUACCUACAUUAGAUGGGUACAUUAAUGAAGCUGGCACUUUAAAUUUAUCACGUUUCGAAAAGUUUAUGCAGAAACUAUCAGACUUUGACAUAGAAAAUUUUGAAGAUAUUCGUGAUGACAAAAUGUUUCUGGAAUCAAAAAAAUUGAUGACUGCUGAAGAUUUUCUUCAACCACUCAUUGUUGAUCCAAAAGUUUUCAAGGAAUUAUCAAACAUGUUUGCUUACAAACCUAAAGGGAAAUCUUCACAGAAAGAUACUCAGCAGAAUAAUGGAGAUAGAGAUAUUCCAGGAGAGUUGCUUAAGUCUGAAAAAUCCAAAUCUAAUACCGAUUCGCAAUUAGCAGCUCUUAUUAAGGACACUGAUGAUAUGUUUUCAGAAGAAUCGGAAAACGAUAGUGAUAAAGAUGAGGACGAACUGGCAUUUGAAAAUUUUAAAAAGGACUACUAUAGAAAUAAGCUAGACUAUGAGAAUGUCACACCUGAGGUACUGCGGGAUCAGGCUGAAGGAUAUGUCAGAGCAAUACAGUGGAACUUGAAUUAUUACUACAAUGGCGUGUGCUCUUGGUCGUGGUACUAUCCCCACCAUUACGCACCUUACAUUUCCGAUAUUAAAGACUUUUCCAAUUUAAAAAUCGACUUUGAAUUGGGACAACCUUUUAAACCAUAUGAACAACUGUUGGCAGUUUUGCCGCCGGCCAGUAAAGACCUUUUGCCAUCUGCUUAUCAUGCUUUGAUGACCAGUGAAGAAUCAGUAAUGAAAGAAUAUUAUCCUGACAACUUUGAAACUGAUUUAAAUGGUAAAAAGCAGGAAUGGGAAGCUGUUGUAUUGAUACCUUUUAUGGACGAGAAAUUGCUUUUGGAAAGUAUGCAAUCAUGUAACGACAAACUAACUCCCGAAGAGUUACGGAGGAACCAGCCCGGUCCCAUGCUGGUUUACACUUUUACCAGUCAGGAUAUGGGCCAGUACGACGCUCCCGGCUAUUUCCCUCCAGUGAAACGUAAUCGCGCCAAACUGAUGCCUCUUACUAUAGAGAGCAUCAGGGUACCCCGCGACAAGUUGGUCAAAGGGGCUUAUCCGGGAGCCAGUUUUGACGUAUACUAUCCUGGGUUUCCUACCAUGAAGCACCUGAAAUAUACCGCCCAGCUAGAGAAGGCGAAAGUACGUGUGUUUGAGCAACCCAGUCGUUACGAGAAUAUGAUACUAAAAAUUAUACAGGAGGAAGAAAUAGACGGGGAAAAUGACGUUCCAGUUCAUAUGUUAAACACGAAUGUUUUUGUUGGUUGGCCCCAUUUAAUUGAAGCAAGGGUUGUUGCCAUAUCGAACGCCAAACGAAAAUAUAUUAGUAUGGGAGGCCAGAAUCAGUACAAUACCGAAGAAUACGACAAAAAGAAUUAUUUUGAGACACUUUAUGGUGGCAUAGUUGACAGGUACAAGAACAAUUUGGGCGUGGAAGUAGGAGAUGUACAAAUUGUGUGCCACGUGCAAGUAAUGAUCGGUCGCAAAUACGUGUUUUCCCCUAGCGGCCGUUUGACUUUGGAGAAACAAUUUUCUGAAAACACUGCGGUAUAUCCGUUGCAAACGGUGGUAUCGGAAAUAAGUGUUUUUGAUCAACACCAUUCGACGUUUAGAGAUGUCCUGGACGUUUUUUCGGAAGGGUCCAUUUGUUUCACGUUGUGUAAUCCAUAUUAUGGGUCUCAAGGAAUCGUACUGGACAGUCGCGAAAUCAUCGCCAGAGGAAGGAUAAAAGUUUGCAUAUCUGUUACAGAAGAGCCAGACUUCGAACAUAUAAGACGCAAAUACGCUGAAAGCGCCAGAGCCUACAAGCCAUUGCAUGUCGUUUCUAGCCAACUAGGAAUGAGUCACAUUUUGUUUUCAAGAACCACAGGAUCAAUUUUCGUGUCUGUAAAAGGAUCGUCGAAAGAUGUCAAUAUCGGGCUCGAUCUUAAACUUAACAAGAGAAACAAGGAAACUCCAGGUUACACGAAAAGAGUGGGUGCUACGUGGUACUACUCAGACAAAUGUCUCGAUUUAGUAAGACAAUAUACCGAAAAGUUUCCAGAGGUUUUUUGCUUUUUUUGUCAAAACGUAAAUAAACAUGAAAUCGCCGCAAAGGAUAUAUUUUCCGAAGAUAUCUGUUUGCCCACAUUUAAUUCGGAAAAGCAAACGUGUGGUAGCAACUAUAUAGAGCAGGAUAUUGUGCAAAAAAUAGAAUCUACUGUAGAUGAAUUUUUAAAGAUUGCUCAGUCUAAGAAAAUUACAAUGCAGGUCAAACCUUCGCUUCUUUAUAAGCCUGAGAUACAAAGUAAAACUUUGGCACCUGACGAUAAAAUGACGGUAGAAAUACUUGACAGAAUAAUAAAUACCAGGAAAGGUUUUAGUGUACCGUUUGGCCUUAAAGGCACGGUCAUAGCUAAAACCGAGUCAUUAACCAAUAACGAUAUGGACGUUUUGUACGACGUGGUAUUUGACAAAACGUUUAAAGAUGGUAUGACUCUAAACUGUUCAGCGGAGAGAGGGUAUAGAUUACCCAAAACUGCGUUUAUAAACAUUUCUUAUGGUAGAAGAUUACUGGAGGAGAAAACAGGAAAACAAGGAUCUUUGGUAGCAUUAGCAGAAUCUGGGCAAAAGCAAUCUAUUGUUCUGCUCAACAAUAAUAGUCAGAGAUUCUUCAAUCAGUUCAGUCAAAAUAAUCAACUGGGUCUAAAUCAAAACAAAUCAUAUUUACCUAAUUACAGCCAAGCUGAGCAUAAUCUACAAGGUUCGGCGUUUGCUAGUUUUAAUAAUCAAGCCAACGAACCGCCAUACCAAAAAAACCAACAGCAGCAAAUUUUGCCUUACAACUCAUCUACGCAGGUUGAAUCCAGUUUUCAACCAAGGCAAAUAAAAGUUGGAAAAAAGACUGAUGAAGAAAAACCAACAACUUCAAAGAAAGUUUUGACAAAAACUGAAAAUCCGUCUCUACCAAGUAUGCCACCAAGGACUGUAAAUACGGAAUAUCUGAAAAAUCUUUUGAAAAUAGGCAUGUCAGAAAACAAGGAACUGAAUGCGCCUAAAAAUAAAAUUAAACAAGUUGAACCAGUUCAAGAUUCAACCCCUAAAAGUACAUCAUCUAAUAAUAAUAGUAAUAAUAGCGGGAAUCUGUCUUUUGAAAUGUUGGCUGCUAAAGUUGCCGAAGCUCCCUCUAGUGUCAGGUUAUUAACUUAUUAUCAGUCAAAUAACCUAGGAAUUCCAAGGUAUCAGUAUUUCCAGUCGGAUGGUCAGUAUAGAGCUCAAAUCACUUUGUCUAAUGGAGAGAUUGUGAUGGGAAAGCCCGGUCAGAAUAAAGAAUUAGCCACUGAAAAUGUUGCUUCUGAUGUGUUACAUAUACUGAUUCAGAGGGCUAAGGGAACUGAUGCAUCACACGGACCAGAUAAAAAUCUUCCUGUGCCGCCCAAAACCUGGGUUAAGCCACAACAAGAGAGUACCGCUAGUGAAACAAAAUCAUCACGGCGUCGUAACGAUCAGGCUCUUAAAACAGCCCUUCACAAUCCUUUCGUUCCUACGCAAGUUAUUAAAAGGCAGAGUAACAAAAGUAUUAGCGAAACUACUCAAGGUGAUAAUAGUGUAUGCGUGUCUGCAUCUUCCAAAACUCAAAAACAUCUUAAAAACACGGAUAAACCUGCCAAGAAUAACGAAAAAGAGAAUGGGAAUCAUCAAAAUAACCAUCAUAAGGCAAAGAAGAAUAGACUACCUAGAAUUGCUGCAAAUUUUUCUCAAUGUAAAUGAAUCUAUUUAAGAGCAAAAAAACCUUUUUAUUUUUAGUUAUUAGAUUGUUUAACGAGAAAUAAAAACUAUUUUUUUAAUAUCUUCUUUAUUAAACAUUAUAUUAAAUUUAUAUUAUUUUGAGAAAACUAAAGGAAUCAUUAUAGA